UGAAUACCAGUGUGGUAGACGUUAAAAACAAACUAUAUAUAUAUAUAUAUGUGUGUAACCACUUGGUUUGACUGGCAGUUUCCCAUGUUUAGUCUGUUAUAUGGCUGCUCUGGUUUCCCAACAAGGCGGUUCUCUUUGAGGCCUGCAGUUUGCUUGAGGUGACACAAAACGUGCAAUUGCAGAGCGGGCCGAGAAGGACAUGCCAUUAAUUAUUUAUAUGACAGCUAAUGAUGGGAUAUGUACACACACACACACACACACACACACACACAAUAAGAGUUUGAGACACUUUGCAUGACACGUUUAAAAAAGUAGAAGAAAAUAAUAAUAAAAUGCAUGUCAGUAAAUCAUAAAACCCUUCUGUGAUCACGACUGCAGGUAACUGAGUCGGUGAGAAUGAAAUCAUUCAUUUGAUACGAUCAUAAACUCAUUCACUGCAUCACAAGCAGCCAGUUGUCAUCGGGGAGUUCAGGGGUCAGAACAAGAGAAACAGUGCACAGAGGUGAUCGGCUCUGUCUAAGUAGACUUUGAGCCACGGUAAUCAGUCUGCAUACGUUCACUCAUAAGUACCGUGCAGUGAUGUAUCCUCAUCCUCUUACAUAAGGAAAGCUUAAUACGUGUAACCCCCCUGUUAGAUACACCUGAUAGCAGCAUGUUUUCACUGCAUGUUCCCAAAAACAAAAGUCCAUCAGAGGAUCAGGGAGGAGUAUUAUUUUUACCCUCACCCUCCCUUUCCUCUACGUUUUUCAGCAUUGUGGGUACAUUUUGAAUGAAAGUGCUCUCAGUUAUGUCCCUUUAAGAAAGUUAUGCUGUAAAACUCUGGGCUGGAUCUUUAACACACGCUUUGCUGUGUCAUGCCCGGGCCACUCGACCAUGACUGUUCAUUUCGUUACACAACUCUUAACCUCUGUCCAAUUUUCAAACUUAUGUCAGUGUUAUUCGUGUGUGUGUGUGUGUGUUUGUGUGUACACACUGGGCACAUUACUAAUGUUUUACUGGGUGAGGUUUAUUCAGCUCUCAUUUACACAUAGAGGGACAACAGCAGCAGCCGCAGCAAAACCUGAGAAAAAGAGCACAAUGGCACUCCUCCUGUGGCUCGGCCUGUCGCUGCUGGCCUCGGUCCAGUCCAGCGUCGUCAAGAACUGCCACCGCCGCUGCCGCUGUGAGGUGGAAAGCUUUGGCCUGUUCGACAGCUUCAGCCUGACCAGGGUGGACUGCCGAGGGCUGGGACCCGAGACCUCCAUGCCCAUCCCCAUCCCGCUGGACACGGCCCACCUGGACCUGUCCUCCAACGCCAUGGGCCCGCUCAGUGACGCCAUGCUGGCUGGUCCCGGCUACACCACUCUCGUCAGCUUGGACCUGAGCAGCAACCUUAUAACAGAGGUAACACCCAAUGCUUUGUCUAAGCUGCGUUACCUGGAGACUCUGGAUCUGAGCCACAACAAGCUGCAGAGCCUCUCCCCGAGCUGCUUCGCCGGCCUCCCUCUGGUUGACGUUGACCUCAGCCACAACGGCUUCCAAGAGUUCGACAUGGACGUGUUCGCCACGAAAGUUAACGGUGAACCUGUCAGCGUGGAUCUGUCUCAUAACAAGCUUGUGUCCGUCUCAAUGACUCUGCAUGGACGAGUUUUACACAUCCAGAGCUUAAAUCUGUCAUCAAACCGGCUGUCGAGCAUACCGAGGCUGGCGAGGCUCUCGCUGAGGUACCUCAAUGUGGACGGAAACCCCAUCGCACGGCUCAAGGAUGGAGCUUUUGCUCAGCUGAAAGAUCUGGUUUAUUUGUCCAUCAGCGGCCUCCACGAGCUCCAGGAGAUCGAGCCGAACAGCUUCAAAGGCCUCCAGAGCGUGCAAGUUCUGGAUCUCUCGAACAACCCGGAGCUUAAGACUCUGAGCCCGGCGGUUUUCAGCGGACUGGACUCCCUGCAGGAGCUGAAUUUGUCUGGCUCUGGUGUGGCAUCCUUGCCAAGUAACAUGCUGACCCAUCUGCCCAGUAUUAAGAGUAUUACACUGGGACAAAGCGUCCACUGCUGGAGGACCCAGAAACAGGGACAGUUCCACCGGCAACUGGGCCAGGUCCAACACAACGAGGUGCUGAACUGUGAUGUGGAGGGCAUCGUGUUGUGAAACUUUGGAAAUGGACCACACCUUAGGAGGGCCGGUCUACUCCAUCAGGAGUGCUUGUCGGAUGGUUAAAUGGUUUCGGAGACCCCCCUCCCCCAAACAAUACUUUUGAUUUCCAGCACGGUCGUACAACCAAGUUCUGAAAGAGUAUACCUGAUGCCAGAGAUGUGCCUUAUCUGCUUUGACAUGCAAAACACUUCUUUUUUUUGUGUGUUACUUUCACUCAAUUACCUCUGUGCCACGGUGUGCCUUUUGGAGUAUGUCUUAAAGGUUCACAGUAGAUGUCAUGAACUCUCGACAGACGUAUCCGUACCUUUUAGAGCAUUCCACACAACACACAUCCAUUUCUUCCACAUCUCAACACGUCUCCUAAACUGGUAGAGAACCUUUUCAAUUUUAAGUAUUUUUGGUGUGUUAUGUACAUCGUUUAAAGUGGGACCAUGUUAAGAACUAUUUGCACUUAUUCCAGUUGCAAUGUUUUUUUUUAAACAACAUACGUACACGUGGCCUGAACGUCAUCCAAUAUGAAAACCUUCGGUGCUUUGCUCAUAAUAUCCACACUGAAGUUGACUGUCGACCACUACGAUUUAUUGUUUGACUUUGAAUGUGAUGCUUUAUUGAAAUCAUUAAAGGGACAGUUAGGCCUUUUCAGCUGCCCCCCCCCCCCCCCGGUUUCCCUGUUUCUCAGUUUCUCAAUGCUGAACUUAUUUACUGGCUGUAGCUUUAUGCGUGCAUACAGACAUGAGAGUGGUAUCAAUCGUCUUAUUUAGCUCCCGCCAAAGCGAGCUAAUGUGGGUAUUAUAUAUUAUUGUGUUACAUAUAUAUACGUAUCCCAAAAAUGUCGAUCUGUACAAUCCAAGAACCAGAGGUCUCAGGAGUGAAACUUCCAGUUCCGUCUGUAACGGUUGAGGGCAAAGAUCUUUUUCUUGGGACCAUUUCAUUACUUGACUUUAGUUCUUCGACCACCAGCCCAAACCUGACGUUCCACAAUUACCCUUCAUACUCACGGACAUGGAUGGAUUAGGUCCACGAAGCCUCUGACACGGUGCUCACUGAUCUGUGUUCUGUUUUGUUUUCUUGACAUUACACAACAGGAGUAAACAAGCUGUGGCCAUGUUGACCGGGAGUGUAUUUUGACCCGCUGUCAAAUCGAUGUCCAGUUGAACGGGACAACUUUGGCGUGAUUGGUAAACGAAGCGAUGCCGGUGUCCGGUCGGCGUUUUAAAACACCAAGCCGCACUGUGCUGUCAUGUGUGACUUCACCUCUGCAUUCCUGUGGUGUGUCUGUGGACGGUCGGCCUCAAGACUGCGUGUCAGGGUUCCUGACUGUCAGCAAUCGGUGAAGGCCUGCAGUGUUCUGGUCGUGCGUUUUUUUUAACGGAAAUCCACCUUUUCAGU